AUGGUCAGGACAGCUCAUUCCCUUCUGGGAAUUUCUGCACUACUACAUGUCUCAUCUGCAUCAGCAUUCGGCCCUUCGCAACAAGUAAUCUUCAAUCCUCAUGACACACCGCAUUCUUCGUCUGAACCUCGCCUAGGCGCCGUAGCCAGCGAAAGCAAAUUAUGCAGCCGCAUCGGUACCGACCUCCUCCUCGCUGGCGGUAAUGCCGCCGACGCCCUUGUUGGCACCGUCUUCUGCGUCGGCGUGGUAGGCAUGUACCACAGCGGCAUCGGUGGGGGCGGUUUCAUGCUCGUGCGCUCCUCCACUGGCCACUACGAAGCCAUUGAUUUCAGAGAAACCGCGCCUGCCGCUGCGACCGAGGACAUGUACCAUGGUAACCUCAAUGGAUCUGUUUUUGGGGGCAUGGCGGUUGGUGUACCCGGUGAGUUGAGAGGGCUGGAGUACCUGCAUAAGAGAUAUGGGAAGCUGGGUUGGGAUGAGGUUAUGCGGCCUGCUAUUGAGCUCGCGGAAGGAGGGUUCGAGGUUGGGACGGAUUUGGUGAGGUAUAUGGAUGUUGCGACGGGUUUUAUCUUUGGGCGGGAUUUCUUGGUCGAGGAGCCUGCGUGGGCGGAGGACUUUGCGCCGAAUGGGACGAGGGUGAAGGAAGGGGAUGUGCUGACGAGGAAGAGAUAUGCGAAGACGCUGAGAGCUGUGGCAAAAGGAGGAGCAGAUGCGUUCUAUACGGGGGAGAUUGCGGAGGCGACAGUACGAGCUGCACGUGCUACAAAUGGGUCUCUGACGCUCGAGGAUCUCCGCGAUUAUAAGAUCAGGUCGCGAACGCCUCUGCAAUCCCAGUAUAAGGACUUCAAGCUUACUUCUGUGGGAGCGCCCGCUGCCGGCGCCGUAGUGCUCAGCACGUUCAAGACUAUCGAGGGCUACGACGACAUGAACGACGCCGGUCACACAAAUAUGAGUACCCAUCGCCUGGACGAAGCCCUCCGCUUUGCCUACGCCGAGCGCUCAUCACUAGGUGACCCCGACUUCGUGAGCGGUAUUCUCGCCCACGAGUCCUCUAUGCUUUCCUCCGCUACCGCCCAGCACAAGCGCAGCAAAAUAUCCGACCACCACACCCUCAACAUCUCCGACUACAAUCCAGACGGCUACGAGAUCCUCGAAAAUCACGGCACUUCGCACAUCGUCGUAGCGGACAAAGACGGCAUCGCCAUCUCCCUCACCACGACCAUCAACCUCAUCUUCGGCGGCGGCGUCAUCGUCCCAGAGACAGGCGUCAUCCUAAACGACCAGAUGAACGACUUCUCCCUCCCAGGCCCCCUCCAACUACAUCCGCCCCGGCAAGCGCCCCUCUCCUCCAUGUCCCCCGUCAUCGUCGAGCACCGCGCAAACAACUCCCUCUACUACGUCGUCGGCAGCGCAGGCGGCGCGAAGAUCAUCACUGCCGUCGCGCAGAACCUCUGGCACGUGCUCGAUCGCAAUAUGAGCGCUAUAGACGCCCUCUACGAGCCGCGCUUCCACGACCAACUCAUUCCUAAUGUCGUGGCGUUUGAAUGCAAUUCUACGAAUAGCGACUGCUCGCCUGAUCACAAGGCGCCGCAUGAUCUCCAGACUCCUACCGACUUCCAUCCUUGGGCUGAGUCCGGCAUUGGCACAGGGACGGCGCGAGCGUUCGACAAUGGCACUAUUGCGUUCAUGAAGGAGAGGGGGCACAACGUUACGUGGAUGCCGCAGGGGUUUAGCUCGGCGCAGAGUCUAAGGUGGUGCUGGAAUGGGACGUUUGAGGCGGCGGGGGAGCCGAGACAGAAGGACAGUGGGGGGUUUGCGGUUUGA